AUACAACUCCGUAAGGCAGGGACUGUCUGAGCCCACCAUAUAAGAGUAUUUGUGGGUGUGUGCCUUGCAUUCCACACAGAUGGUUGGAGUUACGACAGCUUCAGUUACACUAUCUGCACUUUCCUGGUUUAAGAACUUCUUUUUAUUUAAAAAGAUAUAGCCAUUUAAAGGAACAUUAAUCCAGACUACUGGAGAUUUGUAAACUUUUCUUAGCUUCUGUAAUGGAUCAGGACCGAAAUAUUUCCACUCCCACCGGAUUGUAAUUGUUGCAGAAAAGUUUAAAAAAAUGGGAAGGUGUUUUAAAUUACAGAUGGAUUAAAAGAAAAAAGCGUGACAAAAGAUACACACCUAUUGUGCUGGACCCUGCUGAGUGACGUGGAAGAAAUAUAGCAGAAAUGAAGUAUAGAGCAGUGACUGCUGGGAGUGAGGGAAUACGCUCAAUGAUGGAGAGCGCUCUUACGGCCCGAGAUCGUGUUGGCGUGCAAGACUUUGUUCUACUUGAAAACUAUACCAGUGAGGCUGCCUUCAUAGAAAACCUUCGAAAAAGAUUCAAGGAGAAUUUGAUUUAUACCUACAUUGGCUCAGUUCUGGUGUCUGUAAAUCCAUACAAGGAUUUGGAGAUAUAUAGUAAACAGCAUAUGGAGAGAUACCGUGGUGUAAAUUUCUAUGAAGUUUCACCUCAUCUUUACGCUGUCGCUGACAAUUCUUACCGGGCAUUGCGCACAGAGAGGAGAGACCAGUGCAUUCUGAUAUCAGGAGAGAGUGGUGCUGGGAAAACAGAGGCUUCAAAGAAGAUUCUGCAGUACUAUGCUGUCACUUGUCCAGUCAGUGAAAGAGUUGAAACGAUCAAAGAUCGGCUGCUUCAGUCAAACCCUGUUCUUGAGGCUUUUGGAAAUGCUAAGACUCUGCGCAAUGAUAAUUCCAGCAGAUUUGGAAAGUAUAUGGAUGUGCAGUUCGAUUACAAGGGUGCCCCUGUUGGGGGCCAUAUUCUGAACUACUUGUUGGAGAAAUCCAGAGUGGUCCAUCAGAAUCACGGUGAAAGGAAUUUUCACAUCUUCUACCAGCUGCUGGAGGGAGGAGAUGAUGACCUUCUGAGGAGGCUAGGCUUGGACAGAAAUGCCCAGCAGUACCAAUAUCUCAUCAAGGGCCAGUGUGCCAAAGUGAGCUCCAUUAAUGAUAAGAAUGACUGGAAGAUGGUCAGAAAGGCUCUGUCUGUCAUCGACUUUAGUGACAAUGAGGUGGAAGAGCUGCUCAACAUUGUUGCAAGUGUACUACACCUGGGGAAUAUACAGUUUGUCAGUGAUGAGCAGGGCAAUUCACAGUUGGCGACAGAAACACAGAUUAAGUACUUGGCUAGACUGUUGGGAGUAGAUGGAGCUUCUCUUCGAGAGGCCCUAACGCACAAGAAGAUCAUUGCAAAAGGAGAAGAGCUGAUCAGCCCAUUGAAUUUGGAUCAAGCAGCUUAUGCCCGAGAUGCACUUUCUAAGGCUGUGUAUGGACGCACAUUCACCUGGCUUGUUAACAAGAUUAACGAAUCUCUUGCUCUUCAGGAAAAUGGACUUGGCAUUAAGAAGAGUACAACUGUUAUUGGUCUGUUGGAUAUUUAUGGCUUUGAAGUCUUCCAGCAUAAUAGCUUUGAACAAUUCUGCAUUAACUAUUGCAAUGAGAAACUGCAGCAGCUCUUCAUUGAACUGACUCUGAAGUCUGAGCAGGAAGAAUACGAGUCAGAGGGAAUUGCGUGGGAACCUGUCACAUAUUUCAAUAACAAAAUCAUCUGUGAUCUUGUAGAAGAGAAACAUAAGGGCAUCAUCUCUGUUUUGGAUGAGGAAUGCUUAAGGCCUGGAGAUGCCACUGACUUAACAUUCUUAGAGAAACUCGAGGAAACAAUCAAGAACCACCCUCAUUUCCUAACACACAAACUGGCAGAUCAGAAGACACGCAAGACCAUGAGCCGAGAAGACUUCCGGCUUCUGCACUAUGCAGGAGAAGUGAACUAUAAUGUGAAUGGAUUUUUGGACAAAAACAAUGACUUGCUUUUUAGAAACUUGAAAGAGACUGUGUCUGAAUCUGAGAACACGAUAUUAAAUGAAUGCUUCAGCAAGAGCGAGCUGACUGACAAGAAGCGACCUGAAACUGCAGCAACACAGUUUAAGAACAGCCUGGCUAAAUUAAUGGAGAUCCUGAUGUCCAAAGAACCUUCAUACAUUCGUUGCAUUAAGCCUAAUGAUGCCAAGCAAGCAGGUCGUUUUGAUGAGGUGUUGAUCCGACAUCAAGUGAAAUACUUGGGACUAAUGGAGAACCUACGUGUACGGAGAGCUGGCUUUGCAUAUCGCCGAAAAUAUGAAAUUUUCUUACAGCGGUACAAAUCCUUGUGUCCAGCCACAUGGCCAAACUGGAAUGGACGACUUGCGGAUGGAGUGUCAACUUUGGUGAAACAUUUGGGAUAUAAACCAGAGGAGUACAAAAUGGGAAGGUCAAAAAUUUUUAUUCGCUUUCCAAAGACAUUGUUUGCAACUGAAGAUGCCUUAGAGGUCCGUAAGCAGAGUAUAGCAACAAAAAUCCAAGCAGUAUGGAGAGGCUACCAUCAACAUCAAAAGUUCCUGACCAUGAAACGUUCUGCAAUUGGAGUGCAGUCCUGGUGGCGAGGAGUGCUGGGUCGUAGGAAGGCUGCCAGGAGGAAAUGGGCAGCAGACACCAUCCGCAGGUUCAUCAAGGGCUUCAUUUACCGACAGGCACCCCGCUGUCCCGAGAAUGAAUACUUUGUGGAUUAUGUUCGCUAUUCAUUCCUCAUGAAGUUGAAACGCAGCUUGCCAAAGAAUGUUCUGGAUAAAUCAUGGCCUACUCCUCCCCCAGCGCUGGAAGAGGCCUCAGAGUUGCUCAGGAGGAUGUGUAUGCAGAAUAUGGUGCGAACCUACUGUAAAAAGAUCAGCCCAGACUGGAAGCAGCAGCUGGAACAGAAAGUAGUAGCUAGUGAAAUCUUUAAGGACAAAAAAGACAACUACCCCCAGAGUGUGCCAAAACUGUUUGCCAGCUCGCGACUUAAUAAUGAAGAUAUCAGUGCCAAAGUGCUACAGGUCUUGGGAAAUGAAAAAAUAAAGUAUGCAGUUCCUGUUACAAAGUAUGACCGGAAUGGUUACAAGGCAAGAAAUCGUCAAUUGCUUCUUACUCAGAAUAUUGCCUUCAUUGUAGAAGAGGGAAAGAUAAAGCAGCGAAUAGAGUAUUCAAAUCUAAAAGGAGUAUCUGUAAGCUCUCUAAGCGAUGGCAUAUUUGUUAUCCAUGUAAACUGUGAGGACAACAAGCAAAAGGGAGAUGUAGUUUUGCAGAGCGAUCAUCUGAUUGAAACACUGACAAAAAUUGCCUUGUGUGCGGACAAAGUCAACAACAUCAACAUUAACCAAGGAAGCAUAACAUUCACAGUCGGACAGGGAAAGGAGGGAGUUAUAGAUUUCAGUCCUGGAUCAGAAUUAAUCAUAUCAAAAGCCAAGAAUGGACAUCUUUCUGUGGUUGCUCCUCGCCUUAAUUCCAGAUGAUGUACAUAUUCAGCAGAAAAGGAUACAAGUGUGCAACUCUCCACUGGAGAUUAAACUGUGCAGUCAGAUUGCAGCACCAUGAUGAAACUAUUCUUCACUGGUCUGAAAUGCCUUGUCUGCAGUCUUCUGCUUCUUUACUUUUUAUUUUGUUUUUAUUUUUUUUUAACUAAUAAAGUAACCACCAAAGGUCUGCGCUUCCAAAGGGGAAAAAAAGCUUCCUAAUAAGAACCAGGUGAAAUACUAUGCUGUUUUAUUUACAUUUUAAAGAAAAAAACAAAUUGCCACAUUUGCUUUGCUACUGCAGGACAGGAACAGUGCAUUUUAUGGGGUUUCUUACAGAAUCAUUAUAGCCAAUAACAGAACGCCACUUCUCUUUGAGGAGCAGAAACCGGGAGCAGCUGAGGCAGUGAAGCUUUCUGGACAAGAAAAAAAAAGUACAUUUCAGUUUUUCCUUAAAAUGCCAAUCUCCAACAUUUUUUUUUUGCAGUCUUUGCAGAAAUUGGAUGGGAUCACUGGGAAGAAAAGAAAAAUUAACAAAGGGAAAGCAUUUUUGAGGUGGAGAUGAUCUGGAAAUCUCAUGGUACAUUUUGGUAUAAAACUUAAAAUUGACAUUACUGCAAAACAGGGCAAUCCUUACAUUUCCCUAAAGUUCAUUUUGUUUGGCAGUAAAAUGUAAAGAAAUAAGGAUUUUAUUAAAUUUGCUUCUCCUGUCAUUUUUGGUUUAACUUGUUUUAGCCAAGUGAAUAUUAGAAAGUCAUAAAAGCCACUACAUUUUGGUUGCCCCAGGUGUUUGCACCAAAACAUUCUACCUUUUUAUUUUGCUACUUAAGCAGUCUGUUGUAUUUCAUGGCAGGAAAUGCUUACUUUUUGUUGGAAAAAAAAGCUUUACUGUUGUAUGUCAUUUGUAUGAUUUGGGUAUGGUGAGGCAGAGAGAUAACAUAUUUGUUAUCCGUCACAGCAAAGCUUAUAACCAUUUUAAAAAUGCAUUGUUAAUUUGUACAUAGUUGAGUGUGAUGCUCUGUAUAAUAUGUGCAAUGUGGAAUCAUUUGAAUGUGUAUUUUAGGUUUAUAAGGAAGGGCAUGCCUUUCUUCUGUUAUUUCUGCAGAAUGCAGAUCUUAGUGGUUUUCAGUGACGUUUGAAUGAUCCACUGAAUCUUUUAAGAAAUUGUUAGCUUUUCUCUAUGUCAUUAGAUUUACUACUUGAAUACUGAUAACUUAAAGCAGCCUCUCGAAUAGAUUUUAAAACAGCCUCCUAGUUUUAAUUUGAUAUUUUUGAAAAAAAAACUAAAAACGGUAAAGUUAAUCUUUGUUCUUUAAGGCAGAAAGAACACAAUAUAAAAGAAUUCCUUUAUUGUACUUUUCAGUAUGAGAUGGAAGAGACCUCAGAUAAAGAACUUUAUUUUUUGUAUGAAAUUAUAUGUUACGUGUAAUUGUUUAACUAUCUUCCAUAUUUACUUUUAUUGUACUCCUAUACCUUAAUGGCAUUUGAUACUAAAUUAUGAUGUUGAGUCUAAGUGAAUUAACCACCUUCCACAGUGCAGCCACCAUUAAAGAAAUGACUUUGUUUCAUUCCAGCAAAAUGAAGGAUCUAGAUUGGUUGAAGACUGGGUGCUUUGUGCCAGUGUUGCUGUUUUUGAAGGGUGACAGCUGCAAGCAUUCUUGUGUUCCCAGCAUAACAGCAUAAUAUGAAUUGGAGUGUUGACUGAGGGGAAAAUGUCAGAUGCCCAUGUCAUACUUUUUGUGCUUUCAGUCAAGGAAAAGUAUAAAAUGUUAAUUUAGUGAUGUUGUCCCAGAUUUUAAAAUCUAACUUUGCUUCAUGGUAGACAUGAGCCAUUCAGUGCAUUUCCUAAAUCUGUGCUGUACCAGCACACCAAGCAAACCAGAAUGCACAACACGUUGUCCUUUUUUAAUGAAAAUUAAAAGUGAGUUGAAAGAGCUAUCCAGGAGAUCAUAGUCAUCAUGCAGAUGCCACUCUAAGUAAGCAGUUACUUUAAAAACUUGUAUUGUGCCAGUGCAAGAGUAUCUCCUAUGCUGGUAAAAUAUUAAAUGUGUCUCAAAAUGGUUAACUGGGAGCUAGUGCUGCAGUUUGGAACAUAAAUCAGUUUGUCAAAUCCUCUUGGGUGUAUGUAAUAUUUUUAUUAAGUCAUUAUACAUCGGCAUCCAGCUAUCAGCUGCAGUGCUCUGCUUAAACAAAUUAUCUUGUAGUGUGGCCCAGUCUUGCACUGCAGACUGAAAUAAUUUAGCAACAUGAUCUGGUAAGAGGGGGAAUGCCUCAGAGGAUACCCAACUUCUGCAGUACUUGCUUCAUUUCAUCUGGAAAAAAAGUUGAGAUUUAAGUACUAGUGGGUGGUAACUGGCUUUGGGAAUAAUAGCGUAUUUAUAUGCACAUUAGGGAUCUCUACAGCAAUAUCUAGUGUGGACAUAGAGUAUUCAUGUGAGCAUUUAGGUGGCAACAUUGUCUAAUCGUACAGGAAGCUCGCCAUGCGGUUACCUUUGGGAGGUGUGCUGCAGUUUGGGGAUCCUGUAGCUUGUGCUUUUAAAUCAGGGAAAUUCACAAUGGUGUACAUCUUCACAUUGGGUGCUAUUAUAUUUCUCUCAUUCUACUUUCUUUUACACCUAUUUGUCAUCAUGCAUUUUUGUUUCUUUAAUUGGGGGUUUGCUGAACUACCAGAAUCCAUCAUCUUUGAGAAUGGGGAGUAGAGGACAUUCAUUAUUUAUAAUCAGAAUAAAGAACACUGAAGUAAAUCCACACACUGGUGGACAUGGUUGUCAGGAAUUUCAUAAGAGCUGCACCGGUUAGCCAACAAUGUAUGCCAUUCUGCCUUUUUUAGGAACACGCAUUUCUUCACCUGAGAUUCUUUGCUAAGUUUACUUCAAUUCAUUGAGCUGUUUUAAACUGUUUAUUUCUUUGGAAUAUUUAAGUUUAUGUAAUAAAAUGUACCCAUCAGCUUUGUUCAUUUUCUUCACUUCUUGCACACUCCAUACACUUGAGCAACAUAUAAAAGGGUAUUGGCUUUGUUUGGCAGCCACCAUCCUAUAAGGCUCUUUACAGUGUGGAUAUUAGACAACUUCAAAAGCGACUGUCCCAUGUCAGGAGUGAAUUAAAGCCAAAAACAAAACACAGAGUCACUGAUGUGUUUUCCUAUAAACCACAUCAUCUGGUAUUCAUUGGCAGAUAUCCCCCUCUGCACCCCCCCUUUCAUAGACUCAUUGGCAGAUAUCCCCCUCUGCACCCCCCUUUCAUAGACAUGAUCUUUAGAGCCACAGUGGAUUCCUGUUUGCAUAAUACCACAAAGGAAAGUUCGGCAGCAGAUUGUAAAGCAUGUUUUGGGGCAGUAUUCACAUACUCAUUUAGUACAACAGUGAGUUCUUGUCUGCUUAAUGCUCCAAGACAAUGGUAUGAAGUUUGUUGGGAAACCGUUGCAGAGACGUAUACACACAAUUUAUCUGCAGUCUUCACUGAUUAUAUUGUAACCUUUUUUUGUUACUCAUAAGAUUGUUCUCAAGAAAUGAUGGACAGGGAAAUUCUCAUUUUUAGAUUUUGUACUUAUUUUCCUAAAGGGCUUUAAAUAAAACUUUUAUCUGACAAGAUUCCAUUCCACUCCAUAUAGCUGGUGACAAGUUUUUGCCUCUGUCAGCCAUCUUGCCUUAAACCCACCUUUUCCAUACAGUGCAUAUGGGUGGUGAUAGGAUGUACUGGAUAAGUCUGCAAAUUCUUCAGUGAAAGCCUUCAGCUUUUAUUCCCAAAUGUGGAACAUGUACAUACAUUAGACACUAGAGGAUCCAUGGAUAAAUUAAUCUUCAGACAUUUGCUAAAAAAAGUGUUCCUUCAGCAUUGAUUCUUUGUCUUCCUGCAUUGUUACCUAACGUCUGAUGAACCUUUAAAAGACACUGUCUGAAUGUUGUGGAACUCAGUAGGGAUUUUAUCUUACAUCACCAUUUGGUGUGGACAGUGCAACAGAGCUGGAGAGGAGACUGAAUGUUCAAUAUUCUUCAGAUAAUGUCUGGAGUGCUUGUAUUUUACUAUGUUGUUCUUAAAAAAAUUAAUGCUUUUUUGCUCCACCUGUACGAAAAACAAGAUAGGUAUUUUGUAUGUUCUAUCCCAGGUAAAUAAAAACUGACAGGUACUCCAGUAUGGCCUUUACCAAGACAGAGAUCUAUUAUUACAGCAUCUGCUACUUUUAAACGUUAUACAGUAAAUGCAUCACAUCCAUUUUUUUGAAUAUUGCGUAUACACUAUUGUAGACUCAAAGAUACACUAAAUAAAUAAAAACCUGUUUUUGCA